AUGGCACCCUGCUUUUACUGCCGCCCCCCUGUGCCCACGCAUGAGUACCCCAAGAAGCUGGAGGACCGCAAGCUGCCUGUGUGGGUGGGGAUCCUGAUGGGCCUAUUUGUGACAUCCCAGGUGACCCUGAUGAUUGCCCUGCUAAUGGAGAUGGCUAGGAACAACCAGCAACAGAAGGUGGUGCAGAAGCUUCAAGAGGAGAUCAAAACAUUGAAUCAGGAGCUGCAGGAGAAAUCCUGUGAGCUAGAGAAAAAAUCCUCGGAGCUGCAGGACAAAUGCAUGGAGCUGCAGAAGAAAUAUGAGGAGGUGAAACAACUAAGACAAGAGAAUGAGGCCUUGGUCUCUGCCAAGUGCCCCCCCAACUCCGGGAUCAGCCUCCGUCUCUCCAUGGCCCCUGUGCUCCUGACCCUGAGCCUCCAGGCCCUGCUGGCCUGA